GUAGUCGGUUGCAGUGAGUUGAACGGUACGGGAGUUUUGUGUACGCAUUUUUCGUUUAUUGAAUAAUAUACACGUAUAUAUCCAGUGCGUUUUCAUUGGCAACAAUAAAAAUGCGAUGAAAAUUGUAUAAAUUGUGUCGUUCAUAAAAAAAAAUGACGGGGGGCUUUAUUUCAUCAUCAUUUUCCGUAUGCGUGAUCAAUUUCUCAAUUAAAAAUCUUGCAUAUUUUGCCCCAUUCAAUUCGAAAAUAUUACGCUAACGUGUCGAAAAACCAAUUGGUCUACUACCGAAUGCACUCAGCCCUUUAUUAGCACACUGGCCAUGCCACAGCUGGCAUUCUGUUUGCAUGAAACGAUUCGCGCCGCACCAGCACUUUAAUAAUAACAAUUGUGAAUUUCUACAGAUUCAUAGUUCAGUGUGUCGAUGGCGAAUGUGCUUCUUCACAUGCCGAAACCGACUCGGUUUAACGUUAGCAAAAAAAAAAGUGCAUUCGUUUGUAGAUUUUCUAUCGGAUUACUAUCGGCGGUAAAAACAGAAAAAUGUAAUGAAUUAGCAGAAAAAUAACGUAAAAUCGAAAACCGACAAAUGAAUUUCCAAGUUACUCAGGCUACGAUAUACUCGAUUCGUGUGUACACAAACUAAAAUGAAAGUGAGAGAAGAGUACGAAUGAAUUACACAUGGAAUAGGAACGAACAACAGAAAAAAAAAAUAUACAAAACAGUUCAAAUACAAGUUGGAUAGUAAACACGCACUUGCGGUGCUUCGACUCGGUCAUCAAUUGUGUCUUGCGUAUAUGUUAUUGUUGCCGUUUCGAUACAUAUAUUUCGAAGCAAUGCUGCUUCCACCAAAAUUUAUCGUAGAAAUUUAUUCAGUACGCCAGAAGUGGGCCCGAAAUAACGAAGCAUAUUGCGUUUUUGUCUAAGGGUUGAAACACCACACUUUCAUAGUAUCAACUUUUAUAUCUCGUCACUUCUCUCAGUUUCAUUUUCAUCCCUCGAACAGUGUGUGACAGACGUAAUUUCACAGAAAAAAAGUUAAUCCGUUAGAGAAAAAAAAGGUCGCUGAGUGUCAUUCGGUUGAGUUGUUAGUGCAAAGUUUAUGGAAAGGUCAUUUCCGCCAAAUGUGAACAUAUAAAUAUUGAAUUAGACGAUUAAAAAAACAGCAACAUCAGAUUGGAAUGAGAUUUCACAGUUGGAAUUUCAUGAAUAAAUAAUUCAAAAAAUAAAUUAAAAAUGGAUUGAAUGUGCAUUCAAUUGAAUUAAGCAAAACAACGAUACGAAAUGAACGAGAAUUCAAUGCAUUGAAUCAAAUGUUAAAUUUUCCAUUGACUACGAACAAAUAUAUUAAAUUACAAUUUUCGGCAUUUAAAGAGACGAAAAAAUUCGGUUGAUUUGAGUGAAUAGCGUCUAGAUCUAAAUCGACAAAACGUGUUCGAAACAUAUUUUCAUCGUAGCCAUUUCUAUAUUUUGAUGACUUCGCAGAAUUAUGAUAAAACACGAACGAAUAAAUGAUUUGCGUUGGUUUCGGGUCGAUGAUGUAUAGAUGAAUCACUUGUAUAAUAAUGCAUUUUAUGCGUAUUCUAGUGUUAUGUGAGUGAUAAAACGCCCCCUUUUUCGGUUAACCAAAAAAAAAAACGAAGAAGAAUAGUAGACAAAAUUCGAGGGGACACAUUCCUUGUAUUUGCGCCGUUGUAUUUGAAUUGUGUUCGUGGUGUCCGUGCAUUCGUCGCAUCAACAAUGAAACUACCGACGUUUAGUUUGAACAUUUUCAAGAAACCAACGAAAAAGAAGCGCAUUAUCACAACAUUUGGUAAGCGUUGCUCAUCGGCGUCUUCGUCAACACGCAAAAGUCGACGACCGUCAUCGAGCCGAAAGACGACGCGUAAACGCAGCAUCACUUAUUAUGCCCCAUCGAAAUCGAAAUUUUAUCCAACCGAACAUUUUCCAUCGUUGCAACGAACUGCUCGGCAAGCCGCCUCCGUAGCGACUACACCACUGUCUGUUCGACCACAUCCGUCUGACGAACAAUCGCACACCGUCUCCACUGACGCUGAUGCAAAGCUCAACAACUACUUAUCGCCGAUCGGAACAUUUCGAUCGUACCACGCAAAGCAAACGUAUUUGUGUGAUAAUGAUUAUGGCGACAUCAUUUUACACCAACCGCCAGCUUGGUAUAUGCAAUCAAAACCACAUCAAAACGGCUACCAAACUGAAACCAUCGCCAAUGAUUUACGCGCCUCAAAUAACAUUCAGAGCAAACUUAAUGCAAAUGCUCCGAUUGAUUCGAAUGGAAAUGUGAUGUACGAUGACAAUUGCCUGAAUAGUACGUACGGUUGUGCAAUGUAUCCAAAAGAAUUUAUGCAAGGUGUGCCGCCGAUGCUUCAUACCAUGCCACUCAAUGAUUCGAAUAUUAAAUACAACACCACCAGCAGUGAGUUGCAUCGACAAUCGCAGCAUAAUUUAUUGCCAUCGAACGUGACAACGGCGUACAAUAACACGGCUUUUAGUUCGGCAAACAACGGCAGCACUAGAAAUACCAAAUGCUUACCAAAUAAUAUCAAUAAUUUUUGCGCUGCAUACCAAACGACUGCGAACCAAUUAUCAAGCAAUUCACAUUAUUUGAGUUCGCCCAUUUACAACACCGCGAUGCCGUUUAAGAAGAAAUCCGAUCGGCAUCGUCGUGGCAAGGGUGAUCGAACAUCUUGGGAAUAUCACACUGUGUCUGUGACUCGUGUAACCGGCUAUGGAUUUGGCAUUGCUGUAUCUGGUGGACGUGAUAAUGUUAAUUUUUUAACCGGCGAUCCAGCCAUAGCCGUUAGCGAUGUUCUGAAAGGUGGACCAGCUGAAGAAAAAUUGCUAGAAAACGAUCGUAUCAUAUCAGUGAAUGGAGUGUCUUUGGAGAAUGUUGACUAUGCAACGGCUGUACAGGUGCUGCGUGACAGCGGCAAUACCGUAACAUUGGUCAUAAAACGUCGAGUGACGAAUUUGGGUUUGCUAACGAAUGCGACGACCGGACCGUCGUUAAAUAGCAGCACAACACAUAAUCACCAACACUCAAACAGUUUGGUGAGUUCAACUGGUCUCAGCGGCAAUAUUGGCAAUAAUAGUUCGAGUCAAGCCAUCAAAUUGGUGUUGACCAAACCAAAUAAAAAGGAAGAUUUUGGCAUUGUGCUGGGAUGUCGACUGUUUGUUAAGGAAAUUUCGACAAAAGCCCGUGAUCAACUUGUCGCCAAUGGAUACACAUUGCAAGAAGGUGACAUUGUAACUCGAAUCCACAAUACAAAUACGAAUGAUGCAAUGAGUUUGAAGGAAGCGCGCAAAAUCAUCGACAGUUGCAAAGAACGAUUGAAUUUAGUGGUUUUGCGUGAUUUGAAUGCUCCGACUGUUGCGCCAAACAACAGCAUAAACAACAACUCUACAUACUCUCAUGCAGCCCAAGUGUCAAGCUGCAGUAAUCCAGAAGAAACGUUUUACAAUGGAAACACAAGUGGUUAUUCAACACAGAAUCUGUAUGUUCAACCACCAACCAGACCAGCUGUUGCCUCACCGCUGUCAACCAAUUCCAAUGCAUCGCCCGAUGACAAAAAUAACUUGACACCGCGUGGUCGCUCACGUGGUCCAAUCGUCGAUGGGCCAAUGAUGCAAUUGGACAAACCAAACUCACCGCAAGUGUUACAUUCGCGAAAUCGUAGUAUUAGCGGUGAUAAUACAUCGGAAGAUUUCUACAGUUCACGGCGUCAACUGUACCAAGAAGAUCCAUUGCAACGAACAAAACAACCGAGUGAGCCUCGAUUCAUUUCAUUCCAAAAAGAAGGCAGCGUUGGUAUUCGACUGACCGGUGGCAAUGAGGCAGGUAUAUUUGUGACAGCCGUGCAACCGGGUAGCGCUGCAUCGAUGCAAGGUCUCACGCCAGGCGAUAAAAUUCUCAAAGUUAACGAUAUGGAUAUGGCUGGUGUGACACGCGAAGAAGCCGUUCUAUUUUUGCUCAGUUUGCAAGAGCAAAUCGAUUUGAUAGUGCAACACUGCAAAGAAGAAUACGAUAAUGUGGUGUCGAACCAACGGGGCGAUUCGUUCCACAUUAAAACACAUUUCCAUUGUGAUACACCGGCUAAAGGAGAAAUGGCAUUCAAGGCGGGCGAUGUGUUCCGUGUGGUUGAUACGCUACACAAUGGCGUUGUUGGGUCAUGGCAAGUGUUGCGCAUUGGUCGUGGCCACCAAGAGAUGCAACGCGGUGUCAUUCCAAAUAAGUCACGAGCUGAAGAACUGGCAACGGCUCAGUUCAAUGCAUCAAAGAAAGAAAUGAAUGCUAGUGAAUCGAGAACUAGUUUCUUCCGACGACGGCGAUCGUCGUCACAUCGUCGAUCAAAGUCAUUGUCACGCGAGAAUUGGGACGAUGUUGUCUUCUCGGAUUCGAUAUCCAAAUUCCCAGCAUAUGAAGAACGCGUCGUGUUGAAACAUCCAGGUUUCGUGCGGCCAGUCGUUCUAUUCGGUCCAGUUAGCGAUAUCGCACGCGAACGAUUGAUCAAAGAUUUCCCCGAUAAGUUCACAGCACCGCUGCAAUCGGACGAUAAAUCGUCAUCGGGCAAAAGUGGAAUAAUUCGAUUGUCAAACAUUCGAGAUAUUAUGGACCGUGGCAAACACGCUCUGCUCGAUAUCACUCCAAAUGCCGUUGAUCGUUUGAAUUAUGCACAAUUCUAUCCGAUUGUCAUUUUCUUGAAGGCCGACACGAAACACACAAUCAAACAACUGCGCCAAGGACUACCGAAAUCGGCUCACAAGAGCUCCAAGAAGUUAUUUGAACAAUGUCAAAAACUCGAUCGCAUUUGGUCACAUGUAUUUAGCAAUACCAUUGCUUUAACGGAUGCUGACACCUGGUACCGCAAACUACGAGACAGUAUCGAUCAAAUGCAAUCUGGAGCAGUGUGGAUGUCGAGUGAAAACAAGCCUCUUGAGUCCUUGUCCGAUGAUUUCCUAUUCCCAAUGAACACAUCUCGCUUGUCAUAUGCAUCGAGCCCAGAGUCAGAUAUUGAAAUGAGCUCGGGCCCAACCAAUUCCCUGUCAAUGGGCAAUUUACCGCAAUUGGUGAAGGCUAGCUCUGAUCCAUCGAUCGCCACUAAUCAGGAAAACUUGGAACGCGACGUUGAGCUGAAUAACUUGGGUGAUGGAUUGAUGCCACCUCCGUACACGAAUCCAUACGAUCACAAUUUGCGUCGUUCGACGAUCGACAAUAAGUUCAAUUUCAGCGGAACCGAAGAGUUAACAACGGAAGCAGUCGCAACACAUGAUAAUGCUUUGCUGGCAAACAGUCGCGAAUCGACACUUUUGAUGGGUAAUGCACCAGAUCUACCGCCUCGGAUUGAUCGAGCAUCUAAACCACCAAGCAAUAUGACACCAUCAUCAACACUCUUGAUCACCGCUAGCGCCAGAAAUUCAAUGGGUUUGAACUCAAGCUCCAGCCGAAAUGGUACUUAUGGACGAUCGGCACAUGAACAACUCUUUGGCGAUACAAAUUCACCGUUGACAACCACAUUAGCUGAUGUAGCACCGGUUUAUGAAGAUGAAUAUAGCACACGAAUCAACGCACCGACUGACAAACGUGGCAGCUUAAAUGCUAGCUCACUCGAUCGCAAACAGGGCAACCAAUUAUUGGAUAAGAGCCAUCGAUCGUCAUCGAAUUCAACCACACCAGCAAAUGGAAAAACAAAUGGAUCGUCGUAUGACAGUGUCUCGAGUUAUGAUUCAUGCAAUGUUGCCAUGCAAAAUCUUCGAUUGGGACCAAAUGCUCCUGAUGACUUGAAAUCUGUGCCAACUGUUGCAACUCGAAACGUAUUGCCAUUAUCAAACGAGACACCGGUAACUUCUCCACGCCAUAGCAUUCAUCAUUCUGAUUCAAUGAAUAGUCGAUCACCGCAUGACCACACGAGAAAUCUGUCAACAACCAACGAUCUUAACAAACAAAACAGCCCGGCACGGCAACUUUACAGCGAUACACGAAACUUGGGUGCCGAUCCACGAUCGUUGUCAGCCGAAAGACGGCCUGGAAAUAUUCCAUUGCCGCAUAGACCGAUGAAUCUUGGCCUCGAUAUGGCACCACCAAGGAAAUUGCCACAACCGUUGCUCGAAACAAAAACCGAUUACGGCAAAUACAGCCGGAAUCACUCAAUAUCGCAGGCUGACUAUGAUCGAACACCAAAAUCGCCAUUACAACACCACCACUCGUCGGCGCAGAAUGGAAAUAUGCCAUUCAAACCGGUGCCACCGCCGAAACCGAAAAACUAUCGUCCAAUGAUUCCAAGCAAUGGAAACGCAACUAACGGAAAUAUGCCACCAAAUCAAUGGGACGCAACGGAGGGCUCACGUAAUCAGAAUGGAUACUAUUAUCCCCCAACCCAAUCUCAUUACCAUCAACAAUCGCAACAGCCACAUUUGCCCCAGCCUCCAAUGCAACCAAAUCAUGGACCACCAAUUCAUGCAUAUAACCAUAGCUCAUAUCCAUAUGGCAGUAUGUCAAGUGCAAACGGAAACGGUCACUAUGCCAGUCAACCAAUGCAACAACCACAAUCACCUUACAUGGGUGUUAAUAAUUUGCCAGGCAGCGGAUACAAUAAAGGACAAUAUAACGCUGGCCACAUGCAGCGUGCACCAAUUUAUGAUGGAAAUAUGCAACCGCCAUCACAUCAAUCACUGGAUUUGGCUGGAAGUCGUGAGCAGCGAGGUUCAGCAUUCGAAUUGUACAGAAAACCUCAGCUGGGAAAUAUGCCAAUGCACCAUCACAAUGUUCGUGAAUGGCAGCACGAGCAGCAGCAACCUUAUCCGCCGCAACAGUAUCAAUAUCCGUAUGGCCGGUAUCCGAUGGAAGAUGGCUACGGCCCACCAAAAUUGCCACCGAAAUCAUUCAAAAAGAAAUACAUUAAGGCACCAUUGGCAGCGAUCAAAAAUGCUCUGCUGAAAUCAAAGAAGCAGCUACAGCGUCAGGGUAGCAUGAGUGAGCGUGAUAGUAGCCCGAAAAUGGGAUCAGGUUUGAGACGUCAACACUCAAUGAUCGAACAAAGAACGUCUGGUAGAUGGAGAACACCAUCUGAAUUUGAAUAUCAACAACAGCAACCGUAUUAUGAUCAGAGACAACGUGCCUAUGACGAUCAGUAUUACGAUGAACGUAGAAGUUAUAUGAAUCAUUCACAGUUGUAUGGUGACGAUUAUGAAAAUAAGCAGGGAAAUUAUUACGAACAGGAAAAUUUGUACGCCAAUCGAGCAUUGAUUGAAUUCGAAAGAAAAGCGUCGGAAAAUCGAAUGCCAUAUUCAACCAAUACUGGAACACGGAUUGUGCGUCGUCACAGUAUGGCUGACCGAACAUCACGUGCCAAUGCACGUUAUCCGGUACAACGGCCAGGUCAACCGUCAUUAGAUUCACCGGAUGAUCGAAUUGAACGCGAAGAGAUUUAUCAAACUCGCAGUGGUGCGUUCAUGAUGCAGCAGACGAACCUACCGUCAAAUAAUCGAGGUCAGCCGAUGAACGCAGCGGUACGUAUGCAGCAACAGACGCGUGACGAUGAUGCAAUCUAUCAACAUCGUCGUGAAAUGCAUUUGGAUCAUUUGUAUCAAAGCAAACGUGAAAUGCAACAACGCAUUCACCAAGGUCGGGUUGAAGUCGAACGAACCGCCCACUCUGAAUCGCCCUCAUCAUCGUCCACGGCAACAACACCAGUCCAUUCAGAUCAUAUGUCGUCUCCAUCUAGAGAUGUGAUUUAUCAAAGCCGACGCGAACUGAAGGAGAAGGGCUUUAAGACCAGAACACAAUUACGAGAUCGAAUUUAUCAGUCACGGCAAGAGGCUAUGGAAUCAAUGGCUGAACCGGUCUAUUCAAAACGGGUCGAAAUUCAACGACAUCAAGAACCAAUCAUUUAUGAGGGCAGGGAAAGUGAGCACAUGGAUCGAACUCCCGAAGAAAUCGAUCGAUCUGUUCAAUCGCUGCCACAAAAUAAUUCCAUGAACGUAACACCAAAAGAUCCGCACAUUCAACGCGUUGCAAAUGCGUUAAUUGCACCAAUGAUUGCAAAUCAAAAUAGCUGCAAUUCAAGUGGAUUAGAUGAUGACGACACGGUGAACAGUUCAAAUCAGUCCAGUUUACAGAAAACUGUCAUAUCUCCCGAAUCGAUGCAAUCGGAAGAGAAAACCAUUCAAGAUGAUUCGAAACCGACCGAGAAAGAUGUUGAAAGUCAACCAGCGAAACCGUUCGUUCCACGUGCCGACCCAACUCACAUUUCGAAUGUGAUGAGACGAGUCGCACCCAUGGCAAAAGAUCCUCAAGCGUCAACUAGUGACGGCGUAUCAUCACACGAAAAUGUUUUAGCUAGUCGAACAUCGAUUGAAACACAGUACACAUCAUCUCAAAUCAGUCUACCGACUGGUCCACCAGUAGCACAGAGCACACCGUAUGCCAGUGCCGUAGUAUUGGAAAAUGACACAUUUUAUCCACCGAUUCGUGAACAAUCCACCACGCACGGCAUUUUCGACGAAAACGGUGGCACACUUUGUGAUGACGUUUGGAAUGUGUCGAUCGAUAUACCAAAGGGCGCCAUUCCACCAGGCGUUAAACAAGAAAUCUAUUUCACAGUCACUGAUCCACGAAUGAGCCAAUCUGUCGGUGGACCUCCGCUUGACAUGGAAAAUGGUGAGACAAUGCUUUCGCCGUUAGUCAUGUGUGGACCUCAGGCUCUAGAAUUCCUCGUACCAGUCACAUUGAAUAUACCACAUUAUGCAAGCAAAACAGCAUCGCUUGGUCUUUCACUUAAAGCAACGGACAGCGAAAAAAAUUUACAAACCAAUUGGGACAACAUUGAAUUGCCAAGCAAUACAGCCGCACAUACUGUAUCCGUAAAAGUCGACCACUUUUAACCACUUCAACAUACUAUUGUGUUUAUAUAUCAAACAUUUAAUUCAAAUUUUGAUUAAUUUCCACAAUUUACAUAUUUAUCAAAAAUGUUCGCGGAAAUUUACAUAAUCGAUUUUCCUAUGUAUUUUGUUUUCAUCCAUUUACUAUAUAUUGUAAUUACACAGAGAGUUUUUUUUCUCGUAAGAUUAUAAGCAAACGAAUUCGAACAAACACAUCUAUCCAAUGUAUCAUUUAAAUUUUUUUCCGUCUUUCAAACUGUGUAUUAUUGUUUAAGUUUUAGCGCAUAUUUGGAAAAGUAUUAGACGAUAAAUGGCUAAAGAAUAUUUAACUGAGAAGCGAACAAAAAAUAUAUCGAAAUGUUGAUAUAUAUAGGAGUAUACGAAGAAAAGGAAAUAUUAAUCGAAAUAACUAAAAUGUCAGCAUUGUAUGUAUCCUCGAAUUGUUUUAAUCAAUAUUCCAUAUUAGGAAUAAGUGUGCCCAAGAAUAUACUAUCUAAUAAAAAAAACAUGAAAUUUCAUUCACAAAAUACGUGCAAUUACACUGUAGUAACAAAAAAAUGAACGAAGAUUUCCAAUAUUCGAAAUAUAUAUUAUCAAAACGAAA